ACAGCAUUAUUGAAGCGUCAGAGUCGAUACGUUCAUUCAACAGUUCCUGAAAAUGCAGAGAAAGAAGCUCAAAGCUUAUUUGUAACUGAGUGCAUCAAAACCUACAAUUCAGACUGGCAUGUUGUUAACUAUAGAUAUGAAGAUUACUCAGGAGAGUUUCGACAGCUUCCAAAUAAAGGGACAAAACCUGAGAAGCUUCCAGUUCAUUUAUAUGAAGUGGAUGAAGAAGCAGAUAAAGAUGAGGAUGCAGCAUCUCUUGGGUCUCAGAAGGGCGGAAUAACAAAACAAGGAUGGCUGUACAAAGGCAACAUGAACAGUGCAAUCAGUGUGACAAUGAGAUCGUUUAAAAGAAGAUUUUUCCACUUAAUCCAACUUGGUGAUGGAUCCUAUAAUCUCAAUUUCUACAAAGAUGAAAAAAUAUCAAAAGAACCUAAAGGAUCAAUAUUUCUGGAUUCAUGCAUGGGAGUGGUCCAGAACAAUAAAGUCAGACGCUUUGCCUUUGAGCUCAAGAUGCAAGACAAGAGUAGUUACCUUUUAGCUGCAGAUAGUGAACUUGAAAUGGAAGAAUGGAUAAACACCCUGAACAAAAUCCUUCAGCUUAAUUUUGAGGCUGCAAUGCAAGAAAAAAGAAAUGGAGAGUCUCAUGAAGAUGAUGAACAAAGCAAAAUGGAAAGCUCAUCAAGUAGUUUUGAUAACUACUAUCCUGAAAUUGCCAAGAGUACAAGAGAAGCAGAAAUCAAGUUGAAAAGUGAAAGCAGAGUUAAACUUUUUGCCUUGGAUCCGGAUGCCCAGAAACUUGACUUUUCUGGUAUUGAACCAGAAGUGAAGCCGUUUGAAGAGAAAUUUGGAAAAAAAAUUCUUGUGAAGUGUAACGAUUUAUCUUUCAAUUUGCAAAGCUGUGUUGCAGAAAAUGAAGAAGGACCAACAACAAAUGUAGAACCUUUCUUUGUCACGUUAUCACUAUUUGAUAUCAAAAACAACCGGAAGAUUUCAGCAGAUUUCCAUGUUGAUUUGAACCACACCUCAGUAAGGCACAUGAUAUUCAAUGCAUCUCAACAAGUGAUGAAUGGCAGUGGUGAUAGCUUGCACAGAAUUCAAGACGUUCAUGAGACUGUGUUACAAUAUCCAAAGCAGGGAAUUUUCUCAGUCACAUGUCCUCAUACGGACAUUUUUCUCGUGGCUAGAAUAGAAAAAGUAUUACAGGGAAGUAUUAUUGAACCGUAUAUGAAAAGUUCAGAUUCUUCAAAGGUUGCACAGAAAGUUUUGAAGAAUGCUAAGCAGGCAUGCCAGAGAUUAGGUCAAUAUAGAAUGCCUUUUGCCUGGGCAGCUAGGACAGUCUUUAAAGAUGCCUCAGGAACCCUGGACAAAAAUGCAAGAUUUUCUCCUCUCUUCAGACAAGACAGUAACAAACUUACAAAUGAAGACAUGCUGAAAUUGUUAGCAGAUUUCAGGAAACCUGAAAAGAUGGCCAAACUUCCUGUUAUUUUAGGAAAUCUGGAUGUUACAAUUGAUAAUGUGUCACCAGAUUUUCCAAAUUACGUUAACUCAUCCUACAUUCCCAUGAAACAGUUUGAAAACAGUGCCAAGACACCAAUAACAUUUGAAGUAGAGGAAUUUGUUCCCUGUAUACCAAAACACACUCAGCCUUUCACCAUCUACAACAACCACCUUUAUGUUUAUCCCAAGCACUUGAAAUAUGACAGUCAAAAGUCUUUUGCAAAGGCUAGAAAUAUUGCAGUAUGCAUUGAGUUCAAGGAUUCUGAUGAAGAGGAUUCUUUGCCUUUAAAGUGUAUCUAUGGUAGGCCAGGUGGACCAGUAUUUACCAGAAGUGCGUUUGCUGCUGUUCUGCAUCAUCAUCAAAAUCCAGAGUUUUAUGAUGAGAUUAAAAUAGAAUUGCCCACUCAGUUACAUGAGAAGCACCAUUUGUUGUUCACCUUCUACCAUGUCAGCUGUGAUAAUUCAAGCAAAGGGAGUACAAAGAAGAAAGAUGUUGUUGAAACACAAGUUGGGUAUUCUUGGCUUCCUCUAAUAAAAGAUGGAAGAGUGGUGACCAGUGAGCAACACAUCCCAGUGUCAGCAAAUCUUCCCACAGGCUAUCUUAGUUAUCAAGAAGUGGGGGUUGGAAAGCAUUCUGGUCCUGAAAUUAAAUGGGUAGAUGGAGGCAAACAACUGUUAAAAAUAUCCACUCAUCUGGUGUCAACUGUGUAUACACAGGACCAGCACUUGCAUAAUUUUUUUCAGUACUGUCAGAAAACAGAGUCUGGAGCUCGUGCACUAGGAACUGAUCUUGUAAAAUAUCUUAAG